AUGAACUCAUCUAGAAAAGCCACCGGAUCUUCCGAGGGAAUUAUGGGCAUCGAAAGUGAAACUGAAAGUUAUUCUCUCGAUCAGGCCGAGUUGAUGAGCCAGUUCAGCCUGACUCCCGCCUCAAACAAAGUGGAAAGUGAUGGAGAGUCUGAGAGUACAUCUGGAGCUUCGGUUGCAGACUCCAAUGCCAGAUUGCUGGAAGAUGAACAGCAAUUCCAAACACAAAGACAAAGGGACGCCUUUGCCUUUUCCAGGGAAGAUUAUCCUCCAAAAAACAAAGCAAAUCACCCCUCCCUCGGCAGUACCUGGACGGAAUACAAGUCUAUUUUCUUAAAGUCAGAUAAUUUGGAUUUUGCUUUGAUACCAAUCGAUACCAAGGAUCAUAUCGCUGGAUUGCCGGUUCUCUCCCAAGAAACGAUCGGCUCGCCCAAAAUCGCAGCUGUCGAGGUCAUGGCCAUGACGGGGUCAGGUUGUGCUCUGACCGGUGAGAUGUCAAGCCGAAGAUCAACCAUGCGACUUCCAAAAUCUCUGGUGUAUACAGAAGUUUUGUCGGUGAAGUUCAGGGGCUCUUUGCAGCACGGUGACUGUGGCUCCCUCGUUCGAGACGCAACCACGGGGAUUAUAUAUGGCCAUAUAAUAGCAGGCGAUACUGUGUCGCAAACCGCCUUUAUCAUUCCUGCAAAUGAUACUGUGGAAUAUGCCGUGAAACGCUACAAAGAAAUUGAAGGAGCCUUGUCGAAUUUGAGCCCAAGUUUGACUCACGAUAACACCGGGCAAAAGUCUACUGAAGCCACAAGCAAACUCUGCGGAUCAGAAGACCAGCAAGGUCUAAACGAGUUUGACUUUCUUGCCGAAUUGGGUCUUGAAGAUGAGCUUGACUUCUUUUUCUCCAAACCCCCAGAGAACGCCUACUACUUCCCGACGGAAUUGAAAUUCCAGGAUGACGACUCGACGGAAUACUCUGAUAGAUGGCCAACAUCAGAAAGCAGUUGUGUCACAUCCACAACCGGGAAUACUUCAAUCCCAGAGCCGAUGACCUCUGAGUUUAUUCAAAACCAUCAUAUCCUUCAACAGAACCCUGUCCCUUGGGAAAUGCAGAACCCUGUCCCUUGGAUAAGGCAGAACAACCCUACUAGAAAGCGGACCCCAGUUUUGGGUCUCCCAGCACACAGAAGCGAACCCUAUCCUUUUGAUAAAGAUACACUCCACGAGGAAAUGAAUGAGGUUUUGGGGGCUUUAACUGAUCAGUCUUCCCUUCAAGACGAGUACAACGACCGAGAGCUGGGCAAGGCCUUGAAUCACCUGAAGCAAUGGACACAUGUCAUUAAAGAAAAGAUAAAAUCGGCCAAAAACCGGGUCUCGAAGAACAAACAACCCGAGGCCGCACUUCCAACGCCAGGAUUCCCUCUAUGGAAAAAAUUCCGAUGCAGAGUUCCUGGAUGUCGAGCAACAAUGAGCACUGCAGGGGCUUUCCAGCGGCAUGUUGAAUAUGUGCACCAUCCGAGAUUCAGCUUCGAUUGCUUGAAAUGCGACUUAUCUGGCAUCCCCAGAAGAGACAAACUUCGGAGCCAUUGUCAGACAGUACACCUAUGGCGGCCAUCUAGCGAAGAGGUAGAUGAAAUGUCCAAAGCCCUUAAUAGCCCAUCCCAUUGCAGCUUGUGUGAGAAGUCAGUCACGGAUUGGGACAACUUUUACAGAUGUUUCAAGAGCCAUUGUCGUGGCAGCAGCAUAACGGAAGAAGAACAAGAAUCAUCUGAUGAGGAUAUCUCUACAAGGCAGGGGCUUGGAGAGGUAGAAAUGCCUCCCACUCAAGGCUUCGACACCUAUACGGAUGUCUCAGUCCAGGACUGGCAUCCUUUCUUCCCCCAUGCCGAGCUUGGAUUCCACUACCAAAGUUGGACUGCUCCGAAAGAGCCAACAGAGGAUAUCCAGCACAGCCAGGACCGAGUCUCACGAAAACUCCUUUGGUAUUGA